UUUGCUCGCCCGGCGCCUGCGGAGGGAGCGGCGGCGGCGGUGGCGCGGGGGGGAGCGGAGCGCAGCGCAGCGGCCGCCCGAGCGCUCGGGGCUCCGACCGCCCGCCGCGCUCCUCGUGCCUCCGCUGGGCAGCCGCGAUGUGCGAGGGGAUGGCGGCGCAGGGUCCGGGCGGGCCGCGGUGCUGGCAGAACCGGCGGGCGCGGCUGCUGUGCAUGCUGGCGCUCACCUUCCUGUUCUUCGUGGUGGAGGUGGCGGUGAGCCGCGUCACGUCGUCGCUGGCCAUGCUCUCCGACUCCUUCCACAUGCUCUCCGACGUGAUGGCCCUGGUCGUGGCGCUGGUGGCCGUGCGCUUCGCCCAGCGCACCCGCGCCACCAAGAAGAACACGUUCGGGUGGGUGCGGGCCGAGGUGAUGGGCGCCCUCGUCAACGCCGUGUUCCUCACCGCCCUCUGCUUCACCAUCCUGCUGGAGGCCAUCGAGCGCUUCACGGAGCCCCACGAGAUCCAGCAGCCGCUGGUGGUCAUCGCCGUGGGGGUGGCGGGGCUCAUCAUCAACCUGCUGGGGCUCUGCCUCUUCAACCACCACGGCGUCGGGGGCCACGGGCACGCCCACGGCCACGGGCACUCGCACGGCGGCCGGCAGCACCCCCGCGGCAGCCCCAAGCCCGAGCAGCCGCCCGGGGACGGGGAGACUGCGCUGCACCGCGAGGAGACCAGCACCUUGGUGGAGAACUGCAGCAGCUCCAACGGAGUCAGCCAGGAGAAACUGGGUGAUAUGAAAGAUGACAUGAGUGAUGUACAAGUGAAUGGGAAUGCUGGCCAUUAUCCUCUGGAUGAAGAGGAGGUUGAAGAAGACUCCAGUGCACAACUUAACAUGCGUGGAGUUUUUCUGCAUGUUUUUGGAGAUGCCUUGGGUUCAGUCAUUGUGGUACUGAAUGCCUUGCUCUUUUAUGGGUUGUGGAAUCCAUGCCCUGAAGAUGGGCCUUGCUUUAAUCCAUGUGUCAAUAAUCAUUGCAUGGAAAAUGCUACUUUAUCCCAAGCACUUGGCAGAGCUAACAAGUCCGAGCAAGAGGGCAUUACUGUGGCUGGUCCUUGCUGGUUGCUAUAUUUAGAUCCUGUGCUUUGUUUGAUUAUGGUCUGUAUACUCCUAUACACAACUUACCCGUUACUUAGGGAGUCAGCCCUUAUCCUUCUACAGACUGUUCCCAAACAAAUAGAUGUCCAUUCUUUGAACUCAAAGUUACGUACCCUUGAAGGAGUCGAAGCAAUCCAUGAAUUACACAUUUGGCAGCUAGCAGGCAGUAGGAUCAUUGGCACUGCUCACAUCAAGUGUCCUGACCCUUCCACGUACAUGAUGGUGGCAAAGCGCAUCAAAGAGAUCUUUCACGACGAAGGGAUUCAUGCAACUACCAUUCAGCCUGAGUUUGCCAGCGUUGGCUCCGAGUCAGGGAGAGGGAAAUGCGAGUUGCCUUGCAGGACUCAGUGUGCUUUGAAGCAGUGUUGUGGAACAGGAGAAGAUAGUACUGCAAAGAAGACAGAAAAAUCCUCGUCACUUAGUAUUUCUUGUUCAGAAGUUGUCAUUGAAUUUCCAAAAACGAGGAGGACUAAGUCGGAGAGCAUCCCUUCAGUGAAGCUGGAGGCAAACACCGAUCAAAACGAGCAGUUUGAGUCAUCUUUGUAACUCCCUGAAGGGUGCUACCUGAGUUGUGGUGACUUUGUCAACAGCUGUGUUGCAAGAGGAAGAGACAGAUGUUUGAGAUGCAAUUUUGCCAAGUAGUGUAAUUGCUGAAGUCCUUGUUCUUGUCAUAUUGCUAAAUAUAGAAUGCUUGUUUUAAAGAAUAUAAUGUCACUGUCAUGAUACAAUGUGUUUGUGUUGACUUUGUUUGACUGAGAUAGACAGGAAGUGCACCAAUGCUGUAACACUUCAGAAAACCAGUUUCAACAUUUCAGCAGAGACACUUUUUGCUGUGCUUCAAAUUAAGAUACUUUUUUCCAGUGAAAAGGUAUUCGAGGGAUAAGCAUGUAGGAACUCAAUUUGUGUUACAGAUUCUUUGGACCUGCUUUCUCCUUUAAUAUUUGAUUUGUAGAUAUUUUAAUAUAUUGUUUAUUUAGAAGCCCUAAGAAAACCAAAGUUCGUAGAACAUUUUUAAAGAUAUAACUACUAAAAACUGGAAACCACUUUGCAGUUUCACAUAUUUUUCUUAAAGCUAUGUAAUAAUAAUAAAUGUGAAGGCUUUUCUAGUGAAUUUAUCGCACAGCAUAUUUUAAAGAGAACAUCAUAUGAUUGUCAGAAAUUGUCCCCUCUUCUUCUGGUCAGGUAGUGAGGUAAUUGAAAACAACAGAUGUGAAAGGGUUUUUUUUCUGUCAGAAUGGCAGUUCAAGCUACUAUAUACUGCUCUGUGAUCGAGACAUGAGACUGGUCAAUAAAGUAACACAGUCUUCUACACUUUAUAGAUUUUCUGCUGUUUUACCUUACUUCCAAGUUUUGUCUGGUCAUGAAAGUCUUUGAGGUUUAAAGAACCCUUGACUCAACAGUGCUAUGAAUAAAGAGCUGGAGCUUAAUAUUUAGCUGAUGCUGAGUUUACUAAGAUAAAGAAUCAGUUAUGUCAAUAAGUGCUCUGUUGGGGGAGGUCUGCCUCCAACAAUAUAGCUCAAGCACCAACAGUGUAACUCAUGCUUUCAAGCACAGACAGCAGCUCCCCAGCAAGUCAUGUAAAGGUGCAUUUUGCUUCUAGCUGAGUGUGUCUGUAAACACUUGCAGUGACUUCAGUCCUGGUCCGCACUGUGUCCUCAGGAGCCCUCCACUGACUUCUGGGGAAGUGGUGCAGGGAGUAAUAUAUUCACUAUAUUUCACACUUCAAGAUGUUUAUGUAUUACAUAAUUUCACUUCGUCAGUAUCCAAAUCUGUGGUUUAAAAUCUUGACUCAGUUAAUUGACAACUGGCUCUAAACAAGCUGUUAGAGUGUGCUGCCAACUUAGACCUUAGGAAAGGAGAAACUGCUGUGUGGACUCUGAAUUUGGCAGAGACUAGAUGAGAGUUCAAUGAUAAAACAUACAAGAAAUCUAAUCUAAAACCUUGGCCCUUUUGAUCCACUCUCACGUUAUGUACAGGAUCUAAUGUCUUGUGAUUAAUGGAUUGCUCCUAUGUGCAAAACUGGAAAACAGCUCAGAUCUUCCAUUGUUUGCUCUUUGACUCUGGUUAUGAUAAACACUUUGCCUCAGUUUCCCUGUCUUCAAAUGGGGAUAAUACCUACCUCACAGGGGUGUUGUGAGGCUUAACUAUUGUGUGAUGAGCUCUGAGAUCUGUUACUGGAAGGCACUGGAAAGAGGAUAAGAUACUAGAUUACCUGGCAUUUACUACUUCUACAAAUGUAUUGCAAUACCUAGGCACAACCAGAGGGAACUGAGGAUAGUUUUGGCCUUAUGAAAUUUUUUGAUGCUGUGGUUUUCAGGUUUUUAACAGUAUUUAAAUGUAGAUUUUUUUAAAAAAGAAUGUUUUGUUAGUGAAGGGAAUGUAGCUUUGCCUCCAGAUACAUAACACCUCCCUAGUUUGCAUUUCUAAUUUGUGUCUUGCAUCAUAAUUUCUCCUAAAUAGUACAAAAUAGUCCUGCUGCUCAUUGGACCUGGAUUGGCCCACGUCAUGUCAGUGGUCUCACCCAAGCUCUCAGCAGAGCCUUGCAGUCAACUCUCGAUUAUCCAUGGGUGGAUUACCAGUGUUGUGCAUUAACUGUGCAGCCUGUGGAGCCAGGAGCAGCCCCCUGCUCACGCCACGCUCUGGCCAAGCGCUGUGUGCCAAAGCAUGGGAAUGGUGGAGGCACUGGCUCUGCUUCCAGGGUGCUCAUCGAAGGCUGCAUUGCCUGGGUGCAGCACAGCACUGCCCGGGGGUUUUGCCCCUUGGCUGCUCAGAUGCAUCGUCAGGAAGCUGUGGGUGCUGGAUGGGUGGGCUUGGCUUUGUGCUGGCUUGGGGAGGUUGGUGCUUCCCAGUCACCAGCAUUGCUCACCUUUUUCUGUGUUUAUGCUUGUUGUAUAGUCUCAUAAACUAACUUAAAUGUAUUAAUAUAGUAUUUAUAUAUGUUUUUGUUUUGUCUGAAUUACCUUAACUCUUUUUUCUGUUACCUGUAUAUGAUCUAGAGUUGACUGUUAAAUGAGAUCUUGUAUGAGACUACAUUUGCAGAGUAUGCUACCACUGCUACUAUACUACAGAGUAUUAACCAAGUAAAUUUUGAAAUGAACAAAGUAGUAUUUUUAUUUUAAAUGUGUAUCCUUGCUUUCUGUGGUAAACUUUCACUAAUUAUUUUCAUCACUAGUUUAAAAUUGGUCUCAAUCAUUAGUAUGAAUUGUUGAGGUCCUGCCAUAUGUCACUAAUGCACCAUAGAACUACUGCUCUUUAGUUUAUUUAAAAUAAUACCAACAAAUCAAACCAUGGUAGCACUGAGAAGUCUGACUUCUCUCCUGUUGCUCUUAUAAAAUGAGGGCAACUAGUAAGUCAUAACAGUUACCGUCAUUGGUUAAUAGUCUCAGUAAAUGCAUCUGAAUAGAUGGAGUUGUAGUCACUAAUUCCAUUUUAAACUAUUUAAUCUUUUGGUUUGGUUUGGUUUUUUUGUUUUGGUUUGGUUUUUUUGGGUUUUUUUGUGCCAGAAAUCAUAUUUUUCUAUUUCUGUGUCCAUUGCAGGCAAUGGCUAGCUAAAAAGUCAAAAAACUCUCCCCGUCAUUAUUUUAAGUAUCUUGACAGGAUGCAGAGGUGACAGUGAUGAUGAUGAUGAUGAUGAUGAUGAUGAUGAUGAUGAUGAUGAUGAUGGGGGCAGAAUGGGGAGUUUCAUGGCCUCUCUGUCAUGUGCCCUGUUGCACGUGCAGCACCAGCUGGUGUUACCAGGGCCCUUUAGUCUCCUUAACCCUCGAUGGCAAACUCCCUGAAAGCAUAGACUGAGGUCAAGGUGGUGGCUGUGCAGCAGCAGGAACACAAUUUCUCUGUUUUGGCUGUAGGAGACCCGACUAUAGCCUGCUAACUUGUGAAAUAGCUUGCUUUUUUUUUUUUAACUUGAUCUGUCUGGGGUUGUACAGACUUGAUUUGUUCUAAAGUUCACAUUUUAAGAACACUGAGAGCAUUCAAAAGCACUGCACAGUCUCUCUUUCCUAUUUUUUUUUUUCCCACAAAGCAUGAAACUAGUGAAUCUCAUGUAAGUGAACACUGCAGGGGUGGGGAGCUAAUUGUAUUGUGUAUCACAUUCCUGAAUUUUUAAAAUAAAAACAAUUAUGGAACACUGAUUUUAAGGAAAAAUAAGUUUGUACUUCAGUGUCUAGAUUGUUUAGGCUUCUGAUUAAAUGUGUCAGAGAUGUACUGAACAUCACUGGAUGAAAUACUUUACCCUUACUCCAUGUCUCAUCCAGGAACAUGCUAUUUUAGAAUCACUUCCUAGAUUAUAUCUGCACCUAAGUGCAGUGCAGAACUAAUUCAGACACUCAGUGGGCUAGCCACAGUACCAUCAAGCUUCCUUUUUAGCAGAGUAAAUUGUUUCUGUGGAACCCCUAAUAAUUGUAGCUCAACUGCUUUCAACAGCCAGUGUGGGCUUUUGGUAAUAUCUGUAGCUGCUACAUCGCGGUGUGCGGUAUGGACAUACACAGAGUUAUGUAAAACAACCGGCCCCAACUUGUGACUCCCCAAAAGUCAUGGCAAGGGCUCAGUCCUGAACAUUUCUGUAUUCUUAAAUAGUUUCAUCGGGCUGACGAGUACUUACUUGCACACCAGGAAUUACUUGUGGGAGUGAGUCCAAAGCUUCUGCCAGUGCAGCCUGGCUUUUAAAGAAAAAAAGUACCUAGAUUUUCUGGAUGUAUUAAAAUCAGGACUGCUAUGGUGUUUCUAAGUUUGCUGUCGAAAUACUGUCAUUUCGAUAUAAUCCCAGGAUUUAUUCCUUUUCCCCAUUCUCCAAAAAGAAAUGGGAAAAAGCCCACUGAGUGUCCUAAGACUUGUUAACAAGUUUAGCUAAACUGACGUUGCUGUUUGCUUCUGAAAUCGGGCCAUGUGAAUUUAUUAAACACUGCCUGGUGGGGUUUGGGGAGGAGGGAUAAAGAUUCUUGCCAUUCUCCUUCCCCUGCCCCCUGCUUUGACUGCACUUUCUAAUCUCUUCAGCUAUGGAGAGACCAGGGGGGAUGGAGGGGGCGAAUUUUGUAACUAGAUUUUCCGAGUUCCACGUGGAGGGAAUGGGAAAUACUGCUAACUAUAUUUAAAAGCAUAUAAAUAUGCUCUGCAUAUUUUAGUUCCAUAGCAUAGCAUCAGUUACACCCUUCUGAGGUAUGCAUUUAAGUGGUUCGGGUCCACAGUAUCUUUGGUUUUUCCUUCUCUGCUAGACAGAAAGAGGUGGAUGCUCCAUUUGCCUGAGCUAAAGCCAGACUUGACAAUUUUCCAAAUCAAAUGUAGCUUUGCUGAUAACAGAAGGUCUGAUUAUUCCUUGUGACCUUUGCUUUGUGUAGUUAGCUGCCUGUGAGGUACAGCACCACGUUUUAGCAGGCUCACAUUUAUACUUUUUGCACUCACCGUGUUGUCUAACUAGUUGAAAAGCAAAACCACAAAGCUGAAAAACACCUUUCAUCUGUAAGUCUCCAAAAAGCACAUGGGAUUAAUUUGGCUUCUUUAUUUUCAUGUCCUGGAUCCUUUUCCUGAACAAUGUUAAAGUAUGAUUGGCAUAACUUGUUCAUUGAUGAUAUUUCUUUUUGCCUUAUUUUAAAAUAAAGAAUAAUAUUCUUUUUUUUC